UAUAAUGCAUAACGGACUCGCGAGUUCUCCCGUGGGUUUCGCAUAAUACAGCCGGCAUUUCACGAACACGCUCAGCCAAUUUGUCGCGCCGUCAACUCGUGACUACGAAUAUAUCGGAAGAGUAAGAGAGAGACGUUUCUCUUUCUUUCGUUUUCCACCUUCUGCCACCCUUGGCUCGUUCCUCCUACUUUGUCUCGUUUUCUUGCCCCUCUUUUCCAUUUCCGGUGAGCUCAUUGAAGUUUCUUAUUCGGGGCUAUUAUCUGCUUCUUGGCAGCCUUGGUAACGAAGCGCUUACUACGGGCAUUGCCUAAAAUAUCAGGCUCGCAUAAUACAGCGACGGAAAAAACGAUAUCGUCAAUUAGGUGAUGAUGCAUAAACAGAAUAGAACGAUGCUGCGAAUAAAAAAUGAAUUUCGCUAAUAGCUAGCGGCGGACACGAGUGUCUCGGCGUCGUUUGGAACACGUGCGAAGAUAGUUUAUUCGCGGAGAACUGAAGCUCGCCUGACCUAGCAUUCCAAUGGUGGAGUCAACGCGAGUAUUCGAAGUUGUCAAGCGCGCCGGUGUCCGCUGAAUAAUUGACGACGCGUUAAAUAAUCGAGGAAACCUUUUAGCGGAUAAGUGCGGCCUUAAAUUCGGCUCACUUUUCCCGUAACGCGAAAAAGCACAUGAAAAGGUGAAAUAAAGAACGCGCGGUCGGGUCCUGCGAGGCGUGUAAAAGUAACAGCUGUAAACACCGUCGGUGUAUGAGAAAACACAGGGGCACCAUUUACCAGGAGAACUCGGUCGGUUAUGAAAAUACUUGGGAAAUGGUAACUGAAAAGUGGCUCGAGCUACGGAGUCAUAGAGAAGAAACAACUAUUUGAACUCCGCUAUUCAACUUCUUUAUAGAUCCUAGAUUCACGAUGACGAAAACGAUGAUCGUCAACACAGUGGCCUGCUACUUAGACGAUCAUAAUGAUUAAAGUGAAACAGUUAACUUGACAUCGAAAAUGAAGAAAUAAGAGAUCAGCACAGAUCUUCGUUUUUCGAUUAAAUCGGACGAUCAUUUAUCUCACUGUCAUAUGCACGCGAAUAAAACGAAUGACGAGAGUAGGAAUGGGAACAGAAAAAUAACUGGAAGAGAAAUGAAUACUCGAUAAUGAUUGGCAACGAGCAACUGAGUCUUCGCGAACGAAUUUACGAGGGAAAUUUUCUCGCAUAGAUCCUUUAUAGAUCGUAAAAGAGCUUUUCUUGUUUCUUCCGAAGAUCUCUUUGUGCUUUUCCCUUCUAGUUCCCUCUCGCAGAUACGGUGACGAUUCCACGAACUGAAACCAAGGACUGCUCAAUUUUAAUCUACUAUUAGAUCGGCUUCAUUUUCGUUCUCGCUUUAGCGAGCGUUUUGGCUAAUUGUUUUGCGACACUCACGGGCGACGAUGUUCCUCGAGGGAGUUCCUUGCCAGAUAUAAUUUCAUUAGCAUGUGUAACGCGUUUCUUACUGAUUCGCCCGACGCGUUCUCUAAUUGAAAUUACACCUCUCCAUUCUCGCCGAACUGUGAGACACCCAAGGGAUAAGCCGUGAUAUUAACGAACCACAAUAAUUACAUUUCUUUCACCCGUUAAACACGGCAAGUAAUUAGAGAUAUUAAUCGGAAAAGAUUUGCGCUUUACGCCUCGGAGAUAAGCGUCGAUCUAUGUAAUCGAGAAACAGUCCCUCGAGCAACCGUGUCCGUUUAUUUCACGCCUGUUUCCGGAUACAUACUGGGAAACAGAUCUAGAGAACUGUAAUAUCGCACGCUCGAUAGAAUUACGGAAACUACACAAGGGAAUUAUGCCGAGAAAGAAUAAAAGCGAUCCGUUAAGAAGGAAUAUCGCAUUCUCGCAUGCAUCGUUUCCUUCUAGCACUCCUGUUCCUAUACCGUUUCCGUCGCCAGUCACCUUUUUCGUUGUCCUCACGCGUCCUCCCUCGAGGACGAGUCUGCGGAGGUAUAAAAUUCAGAUUCCCAUGGAGACCUUUGAAAUUUACGUGCAUUACGUGUUUGACCGACGCCCUUUCCCGAAUUACGAAUUUGCGUUUUGGGAGAACGGAGAAUAUUCAAUGUUACGUUGUCUGGACUUGUCCAAACGAUGCGCCAUUAUACGAGCCCCCCCGUUUGCAGAUUCAACAGCGACGAAAUCGUUGAGAAAGAAUGAACUCUGUACACGGUGGUGAACAAACUCUGGGAAGCGGAAACGAAAACGUUGCCCGGACGGGCGUGUAAUUGUUCGAACAUGAAAAACGACCUGCGCGAGGGAAGACGAGUAUAUUUCGGAUCCAUGAUAAUCUCGUCUAUGGCCGGAGAUUGUAUGUGACGAGAAUUGACCAAGAACAAUGAAACGAGAACAAAGGUUGGACAGACAGGAAAGGACGCGGGUGGAAAGAUUGCGACGGGAGCUAGACGUUGAAACCUGCGCUUGUACCUGAGAAAAGAGGGCACAAAGGUUUCGCUUCCAUCGACAACGUGCUAAGUACGCGGGCCCACGAAACCCUUUUUUAUUUUCCACCGUCUGCAUUCUCCUUUUUCACCAUUCAAAACGAGUCGACCUGUCCCGAUUCAUCGUUAAUGUCAUAGGCAAUCUGAAAACCUCUUCGCACAAUGCGAAUCGCGUGAAUAAUAAACAGCUCAUUCAUGCGUUUCAAUAACUGUUCGUAACAUACGCCGUUUUACUAAAAUAUCAAUUGCCACGUAUAUUUAACUCUUGUAGAUCGAAACAUUUUACUAUGAUUUUUUUCUCGCUUUUAAUUUCAAUCUUCCUACGGCUGACGUUUAUCCACACGUUUUUUUGCAUUCUAUCAAAUCUUUAAUAGUACAGUGAAAAGUUUAGACCGGAAUGUACUGAAUCAUCGCGCAAUCGGCGAGACGGCACCGUUUUCCAUGAACAACUCGUUAUCACAGCUUCGUUAACGGGAAAAAAACACGAUAAUCUCGUAAAUCGACCGACAGCGUGGAAUGGCUCUGUACUCUGUGUACGCUAGCGAUAUCGCAAUCAGGCCUGCCGUUGGUCGAUGGGACGGGCACUGGUAUGCGCGAACUGUUUCGCCAUCGAUUGUUUAACAAACAAGAAGCUUCCAAGUAGCAGGUGGCAUCGGUUUGCGACAAUAGCAAGGCGUACUCCAUACGCCGCCGCGUGCGUAUGCAUUAAUAAAGACUGAAAAUGGAUGAGCAGCGAGCAGCUGGUUACAAAUAAUGUGGCUGCACCUGAGUUAGCAGGUCCGUUUGUUCGCUAAACGAAGAAGAACCCCGACCAUCUCUUCCGGCUACACUUUACCCGGUGUGCUUCUGACAAGUUGUACACGUCCGAGAAAAGAAUCUUUUAUAUACCUGGAAGGCGUGCUCGGGCCGAACAAACUUGGAAAAGGGUUCGCUCCGAUACUCACGUCCAGAGAUUUAGCUCAGGGAACGAAGUUUAAAGGAAUUGGUGUUAACCACGGAAGGCGACAGGAGGUUGAGCCCGCACACCAGCAGGAUAGUAGUGAGCAAUUGUUCGUCCGUGAUCCUGAUGAACUCUAGCCUAUCCUCGAUGGUCGGCCUACGAUCGGUGGACUUGAUCAACGUGGCGAACCUCAGCCUAGUCAGGCAGAGCUUCGAGCUUUCACCGCGGAGUAUACGAACGCGGAUAUCUGUGAGGAACUGCAGCAUCGAUACGAUGCCCAGUUUCGUGUUUCGAGGCGAUGUCGAGAAUAUCAGCUUCGAAAACGUGAGGAUCGGCCAAUUGAGCGCGUUCUCGUUCGCAAAUCUGGUGCACACGGAUACGCUCAGGCUCGAGAACUGUCAGAUCGAGAACAUGGAGGCACAAGCGUUUAAGAAAUUCGACGUCGGUUAUUUGCACGUGAUCGAUACUAUCUUCGGCGAUCAGGUACCCAGUAGGACGAUGAACGACAUCGAGGUUUAUCACAAAUUCAUGCUGAACGGUGUGAAAAUGAGUACAGUGAGAAGUGAAGCAUUCAUCGUGAGAAGUCCACGAACGGUGGCGAUACAAAAUUGUAUUAUAGAGAGUUUAGAAGGCGAGGCUUUCGACGUGACCGCACGGGGUACGGUGAUCAUACAGAACAACACCUUCGGUAGCCUCUCCAUGGGUGCUUUCCUCGGUAUAAGAGCGGACCCCGAAGCGAGGACACCUGCCUCCCUACCGACCACCCUGCACGACCUUAUCUUUAAGAAUAACAGCGUAGCUAACUUUGAAGAGGGCUCGAUGAUGUUCGACCGAAGUAGCUUUCGCCUCGAACUCGACAACCUUUUGGUGGACCAACCGUGCGACUGUCAGAUGUUGCCCGUAUGGAAGAACAACGUUCUCAAUUACACGAACGUUUACACAAGGUUCUACACCAGACAGAACGCCGUGUUACCGCCUACGUUAUCGCCGCAAGAAACGAUCAACGAGACCCCCGAGACGUUCCUCUGCUCCGACGGCGAGGUGGACGGUGUGCCGACGAGCUUCGUGGAAUACGAGACGCGUCACUGCUCGCUCAGGGGAUCCAUACUAGUCUUGGUCCUGAUCAUCGCGGGCCUGCUCGUGUUACUGAUACUCCUCAUCUGCCUGAUCAUCUGGUGCUGCAGAAGGCGUCGACGGAACAGCCGGAAGAAAUGGAUCAGUGUUCCGACGAACGCGCCUGACGUCGUGUCGAAAAAGAACGGCGUGAUCGGCAGAGAAGCGGCUGCGUCUGCGGCGCCGGUCGACAGCCGGAUAACGAUGGUCGUGCCUGAUGGCAGGCUCUACAGGGAGACAGAAUUUCACGUGAUCGUCGAGAAGGCCGAACCGUUGACCACCGAGUUGUAACGAGAACCUCCAUGCGGCUCGACGACUAGGACCGUCGUAGCUCGAGUCGAAGAAGAAUUCGAGUGGUCCGACACCUCGAGCCGCUUUCGCGUGUACAAGCUGUGAACCAGACACGCGCGCGCGGGGACACACGAUGAUGUACAACGUGCCCAGGCCGGUGUUGUUCAACGAUCUGUGACGAACAUAUGCACCGGUUUCGCAGUGCGAAGACAGUUGUGGGGCAGCUUGUGUUACGCGUACGGUGAUUGUGAACCGUUAAUUAUUCGAACUGUUGCGGAACUCUUUUAACGAAGAGCGCGAUUAUUUGUCAGGAUGUUCCUCGACAUUUUUCAAAUGCUACUCUAUUAAGACCACGUCGCGUUUUGAAAACGAAUAGGACGAGAGACUCGAUGAUCCCGAACCUCUAUUGUUUUCAAUUUAAUCGACUAUCCUUCUAGUACAAGGCAGUUCGUAAGCUUCCAUUUAACAUAUCACGAACGAGCACCGAUUAUCAAGCGCGUUUCACCUGCGGCUCCUAUGUAUAUGUAUCUGCCUGUCCACUUUUUUUUUCCUCUCUAGUGAAGGCAGUCACGUUCCUGUCUCAAUAAUUAAGAGUUUUCCCGAGGUUACGUGCAUGGAUAAUCGGUGAACGUUGUUAGUUAAGUUUAUCGCGUGUAACUAGCUUCCAAAAGAGGGCCAGUGUCGUUCGCGGAGAUUAGAUCAGAACUUCGUCGAGACGAUACACGAUGCGAGAAUAGAAGAGGAGAAGUCGAGGAGGAAAGAGAAAUAGCAGAGAGACUGGUUGAUGAUGAGGAAAGCGCAAGAAUAGAACGAACAAGAAAAACAACAACGGGAAAUCUUGAAUUAGCUGAGUCGUGUAAGAUAUGCGAUUGGAUGAUCGACCUUUCGCACUUUGUCGCUUUAAAGUUUAUCGAUCGAUAAGACGUUCGACGUUGUACGUAAGUAUGUACCAUCCUGUGUCGAUGAUCGUUUCGAGCAACGUUCGUCGCUGAGGAAGAACCGGUAAAAUAUCUGGCGACGAUCGUGUACUCGUUCGGAAAGCAGUGCCAUUUCCUAAACUAUACAGACGUCAGUUUGUACGCGCUCCGUUUAAGGAACCUCGGAGCAAGAAAAAUCGAAUAGAAGAUAGCUACUUCGCAACUUCAAAACGGAACGAGCCGAAGGGAGUGUUCCGCUCCUUCGAUCACCCCGAAUCAUUGUACAACCGUUCAAUUCUAAUUACGUUUCUCAUUGUGCUUUUAAUACAAUAAAAGAUAUUACCUGACAUUCCCUGACAAUACGAGGUAACGAAUCGAUACGAAUAUAGUAUAUCUAAAAUUACAAUAUGUACAAUUAAGCGAGAAGUAAUGAUAGCAGCUUGCUGCGAGAAGAUCAAAAUCUUUGUAUCUAGGUUUCUCCGUACAACACGAAACAAGAGUUAUGAUCGCGUUUCAAGCUAACGAACGAGCAUGACUCGAUUCUUCUAAAGUGUUCAAAUCGUUCGCGGCUAUGCGGAAUCGUUAAUUUAUGUAUUAUUUCACUGUGACGUGUUUAUUUAUGAGCUUUGGACUUUGCCAAUAAAUUGUUGUUAUUGUUAUCAUCUCGAUCGGUAUCUAAUUUUGAUAAAUGCACUCGGAGGACGCUUCAUGAACGUAAUCGAUUUGCCACAAGGGGAAACGGGGUCUACGUUCGCAAAUUCGGUUGCUAAUCUCGAAACGAGCGGCCCUGAAUAAUGCGCGCAUACGUUCAGCGUAAAACCGCGAGCGAUCGCCUGUACUUAAGCAUCGUUCCACGCGUUGGACCCGCUGCUUUCGGUGAUUAAUAGACCCGACACAAUCCGUCCUUCUCUCUCCGUUUCAUCGAGUUAAGCAUAGAAGAAUUAAGCUUGACUCGUCGUACGAAGCGGCAAGGUGAAAGGAAAUUCCGUUCGGAAUACGAUAAACGAGGAAACGGCUCGUACGUUCGACGAGCAAAAGAGGUGAUUCGUUCGACGUUACACCAGCUGGGCAAAGUAUUUUGCGUUUUAAAGUACAAUCUGAAUGCUAUAAGCGACGCUUUGUCUCUCGCGUGUGCAGCUACCUCGCGCACGUGUGAGCCAUGCAUUAUUGAUGCUACCGCCGCUGCCACCACCGCCGCUCGCUCUCUAUAACGACUCUCACGGCAUUGUUUCUUUUUAUCCCCGAGCAAGAGGCAGCAGAAAUUGGUCCUCGGAGUUUCUCGAGAUUAUUCUGCGACCUUCCCUUUCGUUACCUUGAGCUUCGUCAAGGUAUGCCCAAUUAGAGACCACGCGAGAAAAGGGACGCGAGCCGCGAACGCGAACCCGGGGCCGGACUCGUUUUCACGAGCUCCUACGUGUAUUGUUCACGCGUACAGACCCAAGCGCACGCGUGUUUAUACGCGCGAGUACAAUUAUCGUAUUUUGACGAUGAAUUAAAUUUUUUCGAGGACGGUUUAGUUGUAAUUAUCGUGAGACUGUGAUAUAACGACAGCCGAUUGUAUAAUUUGUUUUACAUUGAAAAUGUCGUAUCAUUAACGAAGAGAUAAUAAAGAUGAAGCUAAUGUCUGAUAGAAGAGAAACAA